CUCUCUGUUGGUUAUGUUCAGUUAUGUUAGCACAGGUUAGAAAUAUAUGUAUUCAAAGAUGGUAUAUAUUCGCAGUUUUUAACAUUACACAAAAAUUCGAAAACGUAGUAUAUAUUGCGUACUAUAAAAAACGAAAAUCUAGUAAAGAAUAUUACUAAUAAACAUUUAAUUUGAUAUACCAAUAUGUACUUACAAUCAUAAAACAUUUAUACUAGAAUGACAACACGUGGAGAAAACCCGAAUUUUAACUGACUAGAAAUGAAAUAAAAGAUCCAAUCUUUUAAAAUUACCAAUGUUGUACGUACUUUGUCGAACGGACGGAAAUCAAAAGGAACAAAGAGGAAGAUAACAGCAAUUGUUGCGAAAAGUUAUACUUGUACGAUGUAUAAUCAUUUUAGGAGAUGUCUGAUUGUUUCGACGAAGAUUCAUAGGAAACUUUUGACGCAAGAGUCAAGCCACGAAAGUAUUUUAUUACCCGUGAUCGAUUGCUAUGCGAGCUCUCGUUGUAUUUGGAAUAAUACAGUGUACAAACGGGUUUAUUGUCAGAUCGCGAACAACGAGAAGACCGAUGAGACAAGUGUAAUGAAAAGUGAUGUGCAGCAGAAGCCUGAUGACUUUCUUUCCAAUCCCGAAGACAUAAAACGUUAUCAAAUAUUAGAGUUAGAGAUAGAUGUAAUGCGAAACGAUGCCGAGAAAGUUCCUGAAAAACUUAAUCCAGAUAAUUGGUUGCUGUUGUUAAAACUACCGAGCAAGAGGCAAAGAAAAAAAUAUCUUUACUAUUUGUGGUGUAAUGAAACUCACAAAAAAAAUGAGAAAAUGAGAAAGGAGUUGAAGAAGGCUAAAUGGCUUGCCGAGAAAGCAGAAGCAGAAGCUCAGCAGACAAAGGAUACUGGCAAAAUAAAAUAUGGACUCACAUAUAAUUCGAUAUUUAUGCGUAUAAAUUCAACAACUAUGAACCAUUAUUACAAUGCUAAAUUAAUGCAAGCCAUAAUGUUUGCACCAAAAGUUGUAUUUGAUUGCAGCUAUGAGAGCUAUAUGAACUUUCAUCAAAUUCACAAUUGUGCUAAGCAGCUAACUCUGUCUUUUGCUAACAAUCGUGCUCAUGUCGAUCCUAUGUGUCUUUAUUAUUGUAAUUUGAACAAAGAUGGAUUGCUUAUGGAAUACUUUCAGCGCAACGUUCCUACUUUAUUGAAUGACGAUUUUCCAGCAAUUGUGACAUCACAAUCUUACUUAGAUUUGUUUCAGAAGGAUCAGUUAUUGUAUCUUACUCCACAUUGUAAAACUGAUAUAACUGAAUAUGAUCCUGACACUGUAUAUAUCAUAGGUGCAAUGAUAGACACGACUAAUUCAGAACCUUUAUCUUUGGCAAAAGCCAAAAAGGAUGGUAUUCGCAUGGGCAAAUUGCCACUAGAAAGAUAUAUGGAGUGGGGUCCUAGUUCAUGUAAAAGAUUUUCAAUCAAUCAGAUGAUAAAUAUAUUAUUGGAUUUAAGAUAUACAGGAAAUUGGAAAAAAGCAUUACGGCAUGUGCCAAACCGAAAGUUAAAAGAAUCCAGGGAGUUUAAGCUACAAAAGCAAUUGAGAAGACAUUUGUAUUUGCAAAAGAUGGGAAUUCAAGAAUCAUCCGCAAUCGAAAAAAAUUUUACAUACAACAGUAAAAAAUCGAAUGAUUGUAGAGUUGAUUGUACAUCAUAAAAGGUAACUUUUGUAAUUAUUGUAUAUAUUAUGCAAGUAUGUAUAUAAUGAAUUUUAUAU